GCAUAAUUAAAAUUUAUUUGCACAUGGAAGAUUCAGAUUUUAGUAAAGAAGAGUUUAUGUAUAUUUACAACAUAUUCAUGAAUGUAUUCGACCAAGAAAGCAUCAGGUUUUUAGACGGAAUAAUCCUAGGCAGCCUCCUGUUCACACGGAACUGAGAUGUAGAUACCACUCUCUGUUGAUUCAAGGACUGGCAAGAGACUGCAGACUCUAUGGAUAUAGAGUCUGAGAAAAGAAUUCUGUUUUAUUUCUCCCACAUUCGUAUGCUCAAAAGGAACAGAGAAGAAUUCAGCCUUUGCAAGAGAGAUGAGAAAAGAAUUAAAUAAAAUUGCCCAGAAUAUAGAAAUCAGCAGUUUUGAGAAAUGAGAGCGCAAAGCUUUGAAAUAGCUCAGAUUUCAAGAAAGCUAAAACUGAAGAGUCCCUCACUGAGAAACAGGAUUCUAAAGAGGAGAAACAAGAAGGUUUAAAACAAAAAUCUCAGAUAAUAGAGUCAAGUGAUUCAGAUAAUCCAACUCAGAGUGAAAAUAUACCUGCAUCAAAGGAUCAAGAUGAGUUAGAUAAGGAUACUAAAAUUGCUGGAAAUUCUCAGUGUGUCAAUCCCACCCAAGAAGAAUCAGUCGCAGCACCUCAGACAGUAAGCUCGACUCAUCGGCCUUUGGAAAUUCUUGGAGAAGCUCAUGUGGCUAGUUCAUCAGAGCCUCUUUUAGUGAAAAGAUGAAUUUUGUGUAAUAAAAAUGGGAAUGAUAUGAUCCAGCUCUCUGAAUGCAAAGAUGACGUGCACCAUGAUUGUCUCAGAACUCUCAUAAAGACAACUUUGUUCAAUCCCAGUGAAAUUUUGAGAUGCCCUAUCCUCAACCACAGGAACAAUAUCAUCAGAGAAGAUAUCAAGAAAGCCUGAAACGAAGAGCAGCUUGCCUUCUAUGACUCUUGCAUCUUCAUUGAAGAAUUUGAGAAGAAGAGAAGAGUUAUACUCUGGUGCCCUCACUGCAAAAAGCUCAGCUACAAAAGCUUCAAAUCUUUGAAUAAGUGUAGGUAUUGCUCAGCAAAGGUCAUCACACUAAAAUCUAAACUCAAAUAUGGAAAGCUAGUGCUGAACUCAAGAGAAGAGCUGAAUGAUACUAGCCAUUACAGAAGUAUCCAGAGUUACAUUGAUUCGUGCAAAGAGCAGAUCAGUAGAUGUGAGAUGUGUCUUCACUACAAACACAAAUUUCCUGAUGACUUUCUUAAGUGUAAUUGAAUCGAGUUUGAUUAACUCGAUUACUCCUCUGAAAAUAUUCAAUUUCAAAGA